CUUAAUUAUUGGCGAGCGAGCCUUUGAAGGGAUGUCUAGGCUCCAGUUCUUAAGAUUCCAGAAACGUGGUUUGUAUAACAACACCAAAAUUCUCCUACCCCAGGGUCUGAAGUUUAGAGCUAGUAAACUUAGAUUUCUUGAAUGGGAUCAGUUUCCGCUGACAUGUUUUCCUCGUGAGUUUCAACCGACGUCUUGUCAAACUUAUGAUGGAGGACAGCAAGCUUGAAAAGCUGUGGGAAGGACCUAUACCGCUCCCUUGUAUGAAGGUCAUAGAGCUGACUUAUUCGAAAUACCUCAAAGAACUUCCGGAUCUGUCUAACGCCACUAAUCUCAGGAAAAUGAUAGCUGGUUUUUGCUCAAGUCUGUCGGAUAUCUACUCCAUUGGGAAGUCCACUAGUCUCCAAGAAUUGCAUCUCGCUGGUUGCUCCAAGUUGAUUAUCAUUCCCUAUUCCAUUGGUAGUGCCAUUAAUCUCGAGGUGUUGAAUGUACAAAUAUGCCAGGGCCUGGUUCAACUCCCCUCCUCUAUUUGGAGCCUCAAGAAGUUAAAGAGGCUGUUAAUUGGAGGAUCCGAAAAACUGAACCAUUUGGGGAGACAGUUGAGAAGCUGUCCUGAUAUUUCUGGAAACAUAACAGAAUUCGAUAUGAGUAAUACAGCGAUAGAAGAGUUUCCUUCAUCAAUCACGGCAUUUUUGUGUCUUCGUAAACUCUCAACAAUGUUUGCCGAAAGCCUCAAGGUGUUUCCAGAUGUUCCUGACACCAUCGAAGUGUUACAAUUGCACAAUGCGGGAAUAGAAGAAAUUCCUCCAUCGAUUCGUAAUCUCACACGUCUCACUGAACUAAGCAUGCCUCGCUGCAAGAAGCUAAAGGUCCUUCCAACCAACGUCAACCUGCAAUCUCUCUCUUCACUUAAUCUCAGUUUCUGCACACAGUUGGGAACGUUUCCGGAGAUAUCUACAAGCAUUAGAUAUCUUAAUAUGAGAGAUACUGCUAUAGAAGAAGUCCCUUCAUCCAUAUGGUCUUGGUCCCAUCUUCUUGAAUUGAACUUGGAAGAUUGCCGCAGCCUUCGGGUGUUCCACAGUUUUCCUGACAACAUCGAUGAGUUGGACUUGGACUCGAGCAAUACGGGCACAGAUAUCUCAGAUGGUAGUUCGGAGACUGAUCUACCCUUACGUAUCAACCUCAAAGGGUGCAAGAGUCUUGUGUCAUUGCCCCACAUUCCGCGUUUCGUCUCACUCCUCGAUGCAUCUAACUGUGAGUCGCUGAAGAUAAUAGAUGGAUUAUCUAACAAUCCAGAGGGAUGUCUCAGCUUUGCUAAUUGUUUGCUGAACGAAACAGCGAGAGAACUCAUCAAGGUAGUGGAUUGCAAGUUUGCGCUCUUACCUGGUGGAGAACUGCCUGCAGACUUUGAUCACCGAGCAAGGGAGGGUUUACUGACUGUCAAUUUGUAUCAGAUCCCUCUUCCUUUAUUCUUCAGAUUUAAAGCUUGCCUUCUGCUGCUUAAUGGCGGCUAUAUAGAGGACAAGGAUGCUAGUAAGAAUGAUAAGGACGAUGAAUGGAUGGGUGGCAAGAGGCUUUCCUGUGAUAUCUGGUGCGUUCAGAAUGGCGUCGAUGUUGGACAUGGAUCCUGCAAGUACCAGCUACCAGCAGUACUUGGGUCUAAGGAGCAUCUGUAUUUCUUGAAAUCUUCCAUUUCAGUAAACCUUCCUGAAACAGAUGUGAAUGGCAGCGAGCUUCAUUUUGAGUUCAGGAUCACGGGUAAAUACUGGGAUUUAAAAGACUUCGCUGUAAACCUCUUGGAAGAUACUCACAACGAAGCUGAAUGCAAAGAAAUUGCAGACAUCAGGAUAGAGAAAAUUUAUAUGCAGGAACAAUGUGAAGAAGAAACAGUUUAAGAGGUUUCGGUACGUCAUGGAUGAAGAGUAGAGGGAGUGCAGAAAAGAGUUAGGGUGCUUGUGUCCUUGUAGCCUGUCUUUGCGUAUAUGUACAUGUCUUUUGAUCUGUGGCAUUAGCAUCUACAUAUCAGUGAGCUGGUUUGGCUCUCUUGGACUACAACAAUCAGUCAUCAUAAUCUGCGUACCUCUCUAAUCAAGUCUUAAGAGGGUACAUUAUGUUUCCUGAAACUGGGAUUUGAUGAUUUUGUGUGUUUCGAAUAUGUGAUAUAUCAGUUGUUUGUUUCUAUUUUGAAGCAUCUACUUUAAAUAACAUUGGAUAAACUGGAGCAUUAUUCAAUUGGGAACAAGUAUGUAAGAUGGCAGCACUUGUCUGAUCCAAAAUCAUAUUUCUUAA